UCGAUUUUACCUUUCGAUUUUAUAGCGGCACAAAACAUGGUCCUAGCCGAGCCGCAUUUGUGAUAUAAUGAAUUUUGGACCACUCUUUAAAGUAAGUGACUGAAGCUUUAUGUGUCAGCCACCCUCAGAAACCCUUUUUCUAAGCUGUCACUUCAAAGUUCUUAAGCUUCAUAACAUGUGAGUGAAGGCAUGGUUAUAUUUACAAAAUUUAAAGUUAUGCUUGGCAUCUCUGGAGUGCUGGAGCGAGUUGAAUGAACAGGUUCCCAGUCAGGCCCCAUAAUUGAUUACACCUGGUUCAUAGGCUCCGCCUCCUGUAUCCUACCCUCCUGCCUUCAAUUCAAUAGUACUGUUACCCUCCCUUUAUUCUUAGUUUUUUCAUUAUUUGUCUGAGUGAAGAAACACAUGAUUUAGGCCAUUUUGAACUCCAGCCAUUGUGUGCCAGUCUCCGUCGGGCUCCCUUCCUGGGUGCCUUGCUGCUUAUGAAGUCAUUUUCUUUCAUGAAUUGAUUUAAUUACAUUUUCAAGUUAUUGCUCACUGAUUUGAGCCCAAUUUGUACCUCAAGCAACCUGUUUUCUCUUUCUGGCUACUCCUUAGUGAGACAGAUAAGAGCUGCUAUUUCAGUCAAAAGUGAGGUUAUAUACACCAGUGUUUUUCUCCCUGUGCAUAUUAUUCUUAUCACCUCACCAUUAUGAGUCUACACAACGAGGGUAGUGACUCACAAAAGGGUUCAGAUAAUGAAUUUGAUGAUCAGGUGAAUGGAGAGAACCCUGGCAAGCAGCCCACCAAGCGCUCCAUGCGCCAAACUGCUUCCAGAGCUGUUCAAGUCCCUGUAGAAUUCACAGCCCUAUACGCCAAACGCAAUAGGUACUAUGAUAUGUUGCAACGUUCCCUUCUGGGCGCACAAGCCCUUAAUUCUAGAAAUUGGUUCUCCUUUGAAGGAACUUGGAAUAGAGUACUGCAGAUUGAGAGUAAUUUCAAUGCAACCCAAACAGAGAUUAUUGAGCUGAACGCCACUCUUCCCCCUGAGAAACAGUUAGAGGUAGAUAUCACUCAAGCGCAGUUUGAGGACAUGUUAGAUACCAUUUCAGUCAAAUAUUUCGGUUUGAAAAAUGCGUCCCAGAUUGUGAACGUUACACCGCCCUCAUCUCCCUGUGUUAAUUCGCCUUCGCCCUCUACCGUGCAAAGCCCUUAUGUUAAAGCUCAUGUCACCCUGCC